GCGGGGAGGGGUGAUGAGCAGUGGAAAGUGGAGGGAAGCGGAGGAGAGCGGCAGGAUCAUCUUGCGGAGUUCCCGAAGAGAUGAGCGACGAGUGUUCACCAUCGCCAUCGCUCAUGAAGCUGACCGUUGAUCGAUCUUCCGGUGGUAUAACAGUCAAGUCAUGCGGUCGGUCGGUCGGUCGGUCGGCGCGUCGCGGUUGAAAACGGCGCUCUUCCGGCGCAUCUAAACGGUUCUAAACGGAACUAAACGGUUCUAAACGGAACUAAACGGUUCUAAACGGACGGCUUAGAAGUUAGCACCAAUCAACGACAAGGAAGGGUAGGGAAGCGGUAGGUGUAUGGUGUUGAAGCACUCUUUGACGGCGACAGCAGCGGCCUCUGCCGCCAUUGGUUGCAAGCGUUGUCGGUAGUGCGUGCGGCAGGGGACGACGUGGUUUGUCACACACGCACACACACACAGAGAGAGAGAGAGAGAGAGAGAGAGAGAGAGAGAGAGAGAGAGAGAGAGAGAGAGAGAGAGAGAGAGAGAGAGAGNAGAGAGAGAGAGAGAGAGAGAGAGAGAGAGAGAGAGAGAGAGAGAGAGAGAGAGAGAGAGAGUGCAUGACGGGAUUUAGAGAGAUGGCGAGAGGAGAGGAUGAAGAUGGACGGGGGAGUGGGGAGAAUGACUCACCGGGACCCCGGUCGAGGUCGCCGCCGCACAGCGGCGAUGGCGAUGGAGGUGCGCGAGAGAGAUCUCCGUCAUCGAAUUUCAGAGACGACAGGGAAAACGGCGACAGAAGGAGAGAGAACAACUGUUUGAUUCCAUUUGCUGUGCAGCAGCGUUCUUCCCGAGAGGAUGGAAGAGAUCGAGGAAGGGAACGGGAUCGGGAUGGUGGCAGAUAUCGAGAUCGUGGGUAUCCGGAUGAACGAGACAGACAUCGGGACCAUCGGAUGGAUAGAGAUCGACGGCACCGGGAUGACAGAGAUAAUAGGGAGCGUGAUUAUCAUAACCGCGACAGACGGAGCAGAGAAUAUGACCGAGAUAGGGAAAGGAGAACUUCUCGCCAUCGGUCACGAUCUCUGUCAAGGGGGCGAUCCAGCAACCGCUCGCGGUCUCGCUCUGCAUCGAGGUCACCGUCGAAGUCAAAGGAAGCCAGGAAGAGUGGCGGCAACAAGAGGCCAAGUGGGUUUGAUAUAGGGGCGCCUACCAUCACACCAGCUCCUGUACAACCUGCAGGUAUUGUAAAUUCACCAGCUGCGAUUCUGCCUCCUUCGACUCAAGUCUCUACUCCGAACAGCCUUCCACCUCUGGGUUCGCUGCCAUCCGCAGGGAUGCCGACAAUGCCUCUUUUCCCAAGUCCAUUCUCAUUUCCACAGUUUCCAGGUCUCCCAGCUAUGCCUCCACAAGCGAUGACGCAACAGGCAACUCGGCAUGCGAGGCGAGUGUAUGUUGGAGGCCUGCCACCCCUUGCAAACGAACAGAGUGUCGCAACAUUCUUCAGCACUGCUAUGGCUGCCGUAGGAGGAAACACUGCCGGUCCAGGUGAUGCUGUUGUUAAUGUGUAUAUCAACCAGGAGAAGAAAUUCGCGUUCGUAGAAUUCAGAACUGUUGAGGAGGCCAGCAAUGCCAUGGCAUUGGAUGGCAUUAACUAUGAGGGCGUAUCUGUUAGAGUUCGAAGGCCUAGCGACUACAACCCAUCAAUGGCUGCAACUCUUGGCCCAAGUCAACCCAGUCCACUAUUGAAUCUGGCGAAUGUUGGUCUGACACCAGGUGCUCAAGGUGGAGCCGAUGGACCAGAUCGAAUAUUUAUCGGGGGGUUGCCAUAUUAUUUGACAGAGACACAGAUCAAGGAGCUACUGUCAGCAUUUGGGCCGCUUCGAGCAUUUGAUUUGGUGAAAGAUCGUGACACAGGCAAUUCAAAGGGUUAUGGUUUUUGUGUAUAUCAGGAUCCUUCAGUUGUGGAUGUUGUCUGUGCUGCGUUGAAUGGGAUGAAAAUGGGUGACAAGACGCUGACAGUACGGCGUGCUACUGCCAGCGGCCAACCAAAACCUGAUCAGGCAAAUGUUCUGCAGCAAGCUCAACAUCAGAUAGCACUUCAGCGGUUUGCAAUGACCACGGGAGCAACAGGUGCGAACUCUGUGGCGAUGGGAGGCAUGCCAGCAUUUCUGUCGGGAAUGCAGGGCCUCAUUCCUGGAGGCAUGGUCAGUAUCCCCACGACAAUGCAUGCAAUGAGUGCCGCCAUGCCUGCAGCGCAAGUGGCGCAACCAAGUGUGCCGCAGGAUGUUCCCACCAGGGUUGUCUGCUUAGUUCAGGUUGUCUCACCGGAUGAACUGAAAGAUGACGAGGAGUACGAAGAUAUCAUGGAAGACAUGAGGGAAGAAUGUGGAAAAUACGGAACGCUGACAAAUCUUGUAAUACCGCGUCCGAAGGCAACGGGCGAAGACCUGCCGGGUGUCGGGAAGGUAUUCGUGGAGUAUUCUGACACGGGGGCUGCGAUGAAGGCGAAGGCGUCCCUUCAUGGGCGGAAGUUUGGUGGGAACACGGUUAUUGCUACCUUCUACCCAGAAGACAAGUUCUCGAGAGCGGACUACGCCGGGUGAUUGUUGUGCCAUACAACGAGGGUUUGCGAGUUAUAGUUGGUAGAAAGAUUUUGGUGGUUAGCUCCGCAUCCUCGCCUCGCUGGUUUGUGUGUUUGUGUGUGUGACAUUGCUGACCCUGGCAUUCGGUAUGUCGGGUGUGUGAAGCACAGUGGCCUCCGCUCGCUGUUCGAUCUCAAGGAGUGGAGAUAGGGCCAUUUGUAUGUUCGCGCAGAGUCAGGGCAAUUUUUUCCUGUGUCAAAUAUGGGUAAUAUAUCCUACCAUGUUCCAUACACUCUUUUUCCCUGUGAGUGAGCCACUUGCCGCCCCCCYCCCCCCCCCCCAGUUGCACACAAUGUUUUUCCCCUUCCCCUUGUAGAGUUACUUUUGUUAGAAAGGGAGGGUGCCCUACCCUUUUCUUCCUGGAGAUGUGUAUACAUCCAUCUUACUCAGUCAAUCCACAAUGAAAACAGUGAAUGCUUUCUCAUUCUGCCGGCGAGUUCCUUUCGAUUUGUCUGUCACCUGCUGGCCUUCCCCGUCUUAGCUCAUGUCGCAGAAGGACAUGGUCAUUGGUCAUGCAUGCUGUUCUGUGAGGCGGCAGCCUCUUCUUUUGCUGUUGGCAUGGUGAGUGUGUUGCUAUUGUUCCCUCGACUUCCCGUAAUUACGUAAUUCGCGAAAUGUUGGCUGUGUUGACGGUUUGUUCUUUCAGUGGAUGGCAGCGAGUUUGGAGUGAUCUCUACCUCUACUGUGGGCUUCUCUUUUCCUGUAUGAGAAGCUGGUAGACCAGAAGAGUUUCCUCUUUUGGUCAACCACAAUGCAGUAGUCGAGUUGUGGAUUUCGCCGUUUUGGGGUUUCGGUGAUUAGCAGAUAGGGAUAUGGCGAAAUUAGAGGAUUACGAUACGAUGCUAGCGCUACGACACUCUAGGAUGUGUGCGUUGGGUCUGCAGUAGGUGUUUGUUUGGCACGGAGUGCAGUUGAAGAGCUCCCUCCCUCAAAAGGGCUUACAGCACCUUUAAAGGGGUUCGAGCAACUGUCCGCCGUGAGAGGAGUCAUGCGUGGUUUGCGGCCGAGGGAGGGUACGUUAAUGGGUUUCCCUCAUUUUUGCUUCUCUCUUCCUGUUAAGAGGAGGGUCGCCGCGAAUGUUUUCUUGCCGUUGUGCCACAUGUUAUUACACUCCAUGCGAGAAAAUCACACAUUUGGUUCUGCAUCUGGACAUCGUGUUUGACCACGUAAAUUAAAUUACCAGAUUACUGUCGUUGCACCUUUACCCUCGGGAAAUGUUAACAUGCCUUCCGUGAGCACUCUGAGAGUCGUCGUUGCAUGGUGACAUCGUUAUGAACAAUCAAUUGCCUCUUUGUUG